GCAUAUCAGAGGCUCCGCGCGGCGCGCUCCUCCUCGCUCCCGCUCCCCACUCCCGGGAUGUGUCUCCGCCGUACGACGGGCUAUGGCCACCACGACUUCCGGGUUCCGUCAUUUCGUUCUCCCGCCGCCGACCCGCGCCGCCAAACUGAGGCUCUUCUAUAAGCCAGGCAGCAGCCAACCUGCCAACACCUACUGACACUCACUCAUCUCCCAGAGAGAGAAAGAGAGCGAGAGAGAGCGAGCGCGAGAGAGCGAGCGCGAGUGAGAGCGAGCGAGCGAGCGAGAAAGAGAGAGAGGGAGAGACAAAAUACCUACCAGGAAAGGGGGGGAGGAAGUCCAAUUUUUGCAAACUAUUCGUUUUUUUUCUUGAUUUUUCCCCUCCUGCUUUCUUUGAACGAUACUUUAAAGAGAGAGGAUCAUAUUAUAGAUACAGCGGGGGCAAAGCUAAAAGAGGGGGGAGGGGGAGGAAAAAAUACAAGAAGCAGAAACCCCUCGCGGAGUUUUACUGGAAGAAAAAAACGGGUCUGAAAGAUUCCUCCUCUUCAUCAUCAUCAACCAUCAUUCAUUCACUACCUUGACAUUCCGGGCUUUGAUUGACAGCUGGAGUGGCAAAAAGCCAUGAAACACGACAGUUCGGUUACAUGUGGGCUGCUGACGGGCCGCUCGUAACCUUCAGUUCGGGGGCUUGACAAUUUUUUUUUUUCUUCUUUUUCUUCUUCUUUUUCUUUUUUCUUUUUUUUUUUUUUUUCCAACUGAGGGGAAGAGAAGAGAAAGAGGGGGAAAGGAGGACCGAAGAGGAGGAGGAGGGGAGGGGGGAGGAGGAGGAGGUGGAGGAGGAGGAGGAAGAUCAGGAGGAGGAGGAAGAAGAGGAAAAAAGAGAAAAAGAAGAAAUAUCACAGGAAAAAAAAAAAAAAAACUCUUCGUUGUCUUGCCUGGGCUUUUUUUUUCCCCCCUAAAAAUAACAUUGGAAAAUUGGGAGAAGUCUCCUUGGUUUGGAAAAAAAAAAAAAAAAAAACAGGAAUCUUCAGCCUAGAUCACUUUCUUAUCCGGACUGGGAUAUUAAAUAUACGACACAUCCAGGAGUUUAUUGGAGCGCAGACUGAUGGCGCAAAGGUACGAUGAGCUACCCCAUUACGGCGGGAUGGACGGAGUAGGGGUGCCUGCUUCCAUGUACGGAGACCCCCACGCGCCGCGGCCGAUCCCCCCGGUUCACCACCUGAACCACGGGCCGCCGCUUCACGCCACGCAGCACUACGGCGCUCACGCCCCGCACCCCAAUGUCAUGCCGGCCAGUAUGGGAUCCGCUGUCAACGACGCCUUGAAGCGGGACAAGGACGCGAUCUAUGGGCACCCGUUGUUUCCUCUGUUAGCUCUGGUCUUUGAGAAGUGCGAGCUGGCGACCUGCACUCCGCGGGAACCCGGAGUGGCCGGCGGAGACGUCUGCUCCUCCGACUCUUUCAACGAGGACAUCGCGGUCUUCGCCAAGCAGGUUCGCGCCGAAAAGCCACUUUUUUCCUCAAAUCCAGAGCUGGACAAUUUGAUGAUACAAGCAAUACAAGUACUAAGGUUUCACCUUUUGGAGUUAGAAAAGGUCCAUGAACUGUGUGAUAACUUCUGCCACCGGUACAUUAGCUGUUUGAAGGGGAAGAUGCCUAUAGACCUCGUCAUUGAUGAAAGAGACGGCAGCUCCAAGUCGGAUCACGAAGAACUUUCAGGCUCCUCCACAAAUCUCGCUGACCAUAAUCCUGCAUCUUGGCGAGACCACGAUGAUGCAACUUCCACCCAUUCAGCAGGCACCCCGGGGCCCUCCAGUGGGGGCCAUGCGUCCCAGAGUGGAGACAACAGCAGUGAGCAAGGGGAUGGUUUAGACAACAGUGUAGCUUCACCUGGCACAGGUGACGAUGAUGAUCCAGACAAGGACAAAAAACGUCAGAAGAAAAGAGGCAUUUUCCCCAAAGUAGCAACAAAUAUCAUGAGAGCAUGGCUCUUCCAGCAUCUCACAGUAAGUCAAGAUGAAAGUGAAAAAUAAGUUUUGUUGUUUUGCCUUCUCCUAGCACAUUAGAUGGGCUCAUACAGAUUUUUUUGAAAUAAGGUGCCUAUUUUCCCUUUCUUGAAAUCUGAUGGCUAACAGGGCAGUUGAGGUUUUUAUCAAUUCUCACCACCCAAAGAGCACCCUGUAGAAAGGAGGAGUUUUUAUUUCCAUAGGUCAGGAAUGGACCUUAUUCAAAAUGAUUUAGGGCUCUAAAAAGUCUAUAUGAGUAAAUGUGUUGUUUAUGCGAAAAGGUAUGAGAGCAACUUCAGAUAAUGCAACUGCUACCAAGGGAAACGGCUGUGAGAAGCUCAUGAAUCCAUAAAUGUUGCUGAUUACACUCUUAACGAAAGCCAUCUUCUUA